ACACUCUGAACUGUGGCGACGACAAGGAAAAACGUUUUCAAGCUCUUUUGUUGAAAAAAUUUAAAAAAAAAAAAAAAAAAAAACAUAAAAACUAACAAGUUUGUUGACUACGUUCGACUGGCAGUAAAGUGUUUUUAAAGAAGCGUGCAAAUAUUAAAUUUAAAAUAAUAGUUUAUUCAAUAAUCGACACAAUUGAAAGAUGAAAGUGUUUUUGCUAUGAAUAUGCUGGGGAGACCUUGACAUUGAACAGUAAAAGUGGCACAAAGAAAAACGCGCAUUCAACGAAAAUUAAUUAACUAAGAAUUAAACGCAGCUUCUUGAGAUAUCACAGCUGCAAGCAUGGAAACGGAGUCGCUCAAUCGCAAGAACUCCUCACGCAAGAGCUCCAUUGUGAACGGCAAUGGAGAUGCAUCCACCAAAUUGACAAAUGGCGAUGACGGUGCAGGGGAUGGCGGUGCUGGUGGCGGUGAGGUGACACUUAAAGCCAAAAUGAGCUUAUUGAACGGCUGCACCGUCAUUGUGGGCUCAAUUAUUGGCUCCGGUAUCUUUGUCUCGCCCACGGGUGUGCUGAUGUACACGGGCAGCGUUAAUUUGGCGUUGAUUGUGUGGGUCAUAUCUGGACUCUUCUCAAUGGUGGGCGCCUACUGUUACGCCGAGCUGGGCACCAUGAUAACCAAAUCUGGAGCUGAUUAUGCGUACAUUAUGGAAACGUUCGGACCCUUCAUGGCGUUCAUACGACUCUGGAUCGAGUGCAUGAUUGUGCGUCCCUGCUCGCAGGCCAUUGUGGCUCUAACAUUUAGCACCUACGUUCUGAAGCCCUUCUUUCCGGAAUGCACACCACCCGAGGAUGCAUCACGACUGCUCGCCGUUUGCUGUAUACUGGUGCUAACAUUAAUCAAUUGCUGGGACGUUAAAUGGGCCACCGCAGUGCAGGAUAUCUUUACAUAUGCAAAACUAUUCGCCCUGUUUAUUAUUAUUGCCACGGGCAUGUACCAGCUAUAUAUGGGCAAUGUGAAGUACUUUACGUUCGAUAAUAGCGACACGCGGGUUACAUCCUUGGCACUGUCCUUCUACUCGGGCCUGUUCGCGUACAAUGGCUGGAAUUACUUGAACUUUAUCAUUGAGGAGCUGAAGGAUCCCGUCAAAAAUCUGCCGCGUGCCAUUGCCAUCAGCUGCACACUUGUCACUGUUGUCUAUGUGAUGGCCAAUGUAUCCUUCUACACAAUCCUAUCGCCGGAGGAGGUAUUAGGCUCCUCAGCUGUGGCUGUUACCUAUGCGGAGCGAGCCUUUGGCAUGCUGGCCUGGACCAUACCAGUAUUUGUGGCACUGUCCACUUUUGGAGCCGUCAAUGGAAUUUUGCUGACCUCCUCGCGUCUGUUCUACGCUGGCGCCAACGAGGGUCAGAUGCCAGAGAUUUUAACCAUGAUUCAAAUUCAACGUUUUACACCCACGCCCGCUGUGCUGGCCAUGGCUCUGUUGUCCAUGCUGUACCUCACGGUAUCCGACAUCUUUGCGCUUAUCAACUAUGUGGGCUUUGCGACUUGGUUGAGCAUUGGCGUUGCGGUUCUCUGCCUGCCCUGGCUGCGCUGGGCUCAACCCAAUUUGCCACGCCCCAUUCGCGUGCCCUUGGUAUUCCCCGUUGUAUAUCUGAUUGCCACAAUAUUCGUUACUGUUGUGCCCAUGUAUGCCAGUCCCGUGGAGACGGGCUAUGGCAUACUCAUGAUACUGUCAAGCAUACCCGUCUAUUUGGUAUUCAUUGCCUGGAAGAAUAAGCCGAUAUGGUUCCAGAAAUCCAUGGUAGGCCUAACACACUUCCUACAAAAGCUGCUCAUGGUACUCGGCAAGCAAAAGAAACCAGCUCAGGUGUAGAGAUUAGUGGAUGGAUAAUAGCGGUUCAUCUGUUGCCGGAGAUUACGCAGAGAUUAUUAAGCACGUGGAUACAUCAUGUUAGCCAACAGCAAAUGAUAGCAUUUAAUAUUUAAAAUUGCAUAAACAAAUUUCAAAAAAGAAAUCAAGCUUUUGUGUAUACACUAAAUUCCAGAACUUGGCGCGAUUUGAAAGAAAAUUGGUAAACUUAAAGCGCGCCCAGCUCAGCAAUAAAACUACGAAUAGAUAUAUUUUUAUAUAUGUUUUAAGUUAACACUAAGCCCAGUGUAGUAUGUUUCAUUUCAUUGCAGCUCACAAAAUUAACUAACACAAAGCUUUGGACUCCAUCGCAAAGACUGUGCAAAACUAAUGGAAAUUACAAGGGAAAUCAAAACAGAAGUUGUCCAAAGCUCAAUGUUAGUUGAAAUUUACAGAUAAGAGUACUACAAAACCCUAUAAACAAUAUAUUCACAGUCGGUUGAAGAGCAUAAGAACUAAAAAACGGCAUGAACAACCCUCUCUAAAUUUAACUUCUCACAGUUAUCUUGAGGGUAAAUGUAAUACUCUUAUGUAGAAUAUUCAAAUUGUUUUAAUAGCCAGCAAAAAUCAUUUGUAUCAUACAAAAAAAUGCAGUUGCGCAGCUUUUAAGAGUUAUCAAUGUUUUCUUAAAAGCGCUUUUAAAAUUGUUAAUUAAAAUUUAGUUUAGAAAUUAGUGCGACAUACUCAGAAACAUGAAAAAAAGCAUUGCAUUUUACGUUGAACUACGAAAAUAUUAUAUUUAUUUUUUUUUAUAGUAUUUUUAGCAGUUUUUCUUAAGAUCUUUAAGUUAAGUUUCGUAAAUUGAAAUUGAAUUUGGUUUGAGAAAUACAUGUGUAUUUAUUCAAUGUGGUUAUUAGAUUUGCCAACUGCCAACAAUAGUUUAAAAAACUAUCAAAAACCAGAUGAAAUCCAUUUACCUUAUACCCUUACUACAAUAGAGAACAUCGCAAAUCGCACAUAUCCAACUGACAAAUUGUUCAAAACAUUGCCAAUAUGCAAAACAUAUUUAACAAUAUACUUAUUGAAUUGUUGUUUAAAGAUUUAUUACCAUUUUCUGCAUUAAUCAAUUGUUUAAAUGUUGCUUUGAGUGCUUUUAGCAUAACAAAAUGGCAGAGUACCUCAACCUCAUAAGGUAUACCCUGCAUGUAGGCAUAUAAUAUAUUUAAUAUCGAAUUAUGUAACUGUUA